AUGUCUGACAAGCGGUCACGACAUGCCAGUGAUGCGAAAUCACAUCAAAGCCGCCGAAGCUCGUAUCACACGAGGAGCGAGGCGAGCUUCAGCACGGCGUCCUCCGGUCUCAGUGAAGCCCGCCGCCGGGCUGCACUUAGCCAGCUCCAGGCGGAACAGGCCCAGCGCGCCGCCGCCGCCAAGGCUGAGCUGGCCCGGCGUCUGGCGGAGGCGGACGCGGAGCAGGCCCGGCGUCAGGCGGAGGUGCAGGCGGAGCAGGCCCGGCGUCAGGCGGAGGCGCAGGCGGAGCAGGCCCGGCGUCAGGCGGAGGCGCAUGCGGAGCAAGCCCGACAACAGGCGGACGCGCAGGCAGAGCAGUCCCGGCGGCAGGCGGAGCAGGCGGAGGCGCAGGCAGCGCUGCAAGCUCAGGCGGCGAAGGAUGAAGCUGAAUACCGUCAGCUGGAGCUGGAGCUGCUGGAGCAGGAGGAGCGAGGUUCGCAGCUCGCUCGUUCUUACGCUGCACCAUCCGGCGCCGGCCUCCCGGUGGUUGCAACAGAGCCACCGGCGCAGGUAUGCGUGUCUCGACAGACGGACGAGUCGGUCACGCGUACCCGACAGUGGCUGACUCAGUCUCAGCUACACGUGCCACCAGUGGAUACGGCUCCCGUCAGCGCUGUGCCUCCACCUGCAAUGCGUCUGCAGCGCCCGUCCAGUGACGACACGCGAGCGGUCCCGCAUCUGCCGCGCAUCACACUGGAGAAGUUCGGAGGCUCUGCCAUCGAGUGGCCGCGGUGGAUAGCCCUCUUCAAAGCGCUGGUACACGACCGCGCCGACCUCACCGACGUAGAACGGCUGACCUAUCUGCAGACUCACCUGACGGGGCCGGCGAGAGAGUCUGUGCGGGGCAUGCUCUGCGACGCCAGUCUAUACAGCACCGCCCUGUGUGAGCUGGAGCGAGAGUUUGGUGACCCGUCCCGUGUGAUACACGCCACGAUGAAAAGACUGCUCACAGCGCGGCCGGUGAAAGAUGGCGACCUGUCAGCGCUGACAGAGCUGUCUCGUGAGCUCCACACCGCGGUGAGCGUCUUACAGUGUCUGCACUACGAGCACGACCUCGCUGCCGCCACGAACGUCACCACUGUGACUGGGAAGCUACCAGCCUCCCUCGCCUGGAGGUGGGGCGAGCACAUGGUGGAAAACGGCAUCGCUCGUCCGACGCUCGUCGAUCUCGACGAAUGGCUUCGCCGUCAUGUGUCAGCUGGUCGGUUGGCCUUGAACGUGACCACCAAGCAGCCGCCGAAGGUCGAGGCUAACGACGCUGAGUGCCGCCCGCGGCGCGUGUUUACCACCACGUCGGCGCGGCCCACGCCGGCGGCUGUAAAGCGGGGGAGGACGGCGGCCAUAAAACCAUCAGCGGACGGGAACAGCGCCGGCUGUGCCAUGUGUCAGCAAACACACCAGCUCCAGCGCUGUGACAAAUUUCUCGCGUUGACUGUGAGUGAAAGGGCAGAGUUUGUCGGCAGAAACAGACUGUGUUUCAACUGCCUGGGCCGCGAUCACAUCAGCGCUACGUGUCCCAGUGAUGCACGAUGUGACGCGGAGCACUGCAGCAGGCGUCAUCACGCGCUGUUGCACAACGGCAGACGAGUGUUUCCGCGGAGUGAUAACGCUGGUGGCACGCCGUCAUCCACCAAACACGUCGGCACAGCGUCGGUCGAACCUCGCGGUCAUAUUCUGCUGCAGGUGGUACCCAUCACCGUGAAUGGUCCGGCAGGUAGCCGCACCACAAACGCGCUAUUGGACUUAGGAAGCCAGGUCACACUGGUCACCGACGGCCUGUGUGACCGGCUCGGCAUCUCGGGGCCCGCGGGCAAAUUGUGGCUGAGCACUCUGAACGGGAACCAAACGAUGCAGUCACGGCGCGUAUCCUUUGCUGUUGAGGCUGUGGGCGGCGACGGCAAGGCGCACUGCAUACAAAACGCCCAAACGACGCCGACGUUAAACGUGUCAGCCAAGGUCAUGGACUGCACGGUGGCAAAGGAGGAAUGGCCGCACCUGGCCGACCUGGAUCUCCCCAGCGCCACCCGCGACCCGGUGGAGGUGCUCCUGGGGACGGACGCCAUCGAACUAAUUGUGCCACGGGAAGUGAUUGAAGGGCCGCCGGGGACGCCGUGCGCGGUAAAAACCCUGCUGGGAUGGUCAGUGACCGGGCGAGUGCCGGGGCGUUCCAUGUAUGAACAAGGUGAACACGCUGUGCACCAUGUACGCGUCAGUGACGAGAGGAGUGCGCUCAUCGAACUUCAGAAUCAAGUAAAGCUGUUCUGGACGACCGAGGCUUUCGGUACAAAGUACGAGAGUGCACAACUGCACUCUAAAGCAGAUCAGAGAGCCAUGUCCAUUCUGGAGAGCGUCACGAGACAGACCGGCGACCGAUACGAGACCGGUCUCCUGUGGCGUGAUGACGAGGUGCAACUCCCAGACAACCGUCAGACUGCUCUUACGCGUCUGAAGGCGGUGGAGAGACGCCUGGACCGAGACCCUGACCUCUGUCGGUCGUAUCGAGACACGAUGAACGACUACAUCACCCAAGGUCACGCCAGCAAGGUCAGCGGAGAGCAGCGCACGCACGGGCGGACGUGGUAUCUGCCCCACCACGCCGUUCAAAACCCCAACAAGCCAGGGAAGGUGCGUGUCGUGUUCGACGCGGCGGCGAGGUGUGGUGGCACGUCACUGAACGACAAUCUCAUCACUGGACCCAACAAUCUGAACUCACUCGCCGGUGUGCUCAUGAGGUUCCGACAGGGCCGCGUCCCGAUCGCGUCUGAUGUGAAACAGAUGUUUCACCAGAUAGCCGUCCGUGCUGAGGACCGACAGGCACAGCAGUUUCUCUGGCGUGAUAUGGACACGACGAAGGAGCCAGAGACGUAUCAAAUGAACGUGGUCAUCUUUGGUGCAAAAUCAUCGCCAUCCACGGCCACCUACGUGCUACGACGGUGCGCAGACGACGGCAGAGACAAACACCCUCAGGCGGCGGACAAGGUCGUCAGCCGAUUCUACAUGGACGACUACCUGGACUCCGUCGACACCGAGAGUGAGGGACGCGAGCUUGUCAACUCGCUCAACUCUCUGCUGAGCGCCGGCGGCUUCCAUUUAACGAAAUGGACCAGCACAACAGCGGAUGUGCUGUGUGACAUCCCACCCGAAGACAGGUGUGAUGAAAUGCGCGACCUGGACCUGUCAGCAGAGUCAGCAUGGAAAAAGACGCUGGGUGUUCACUGGUGCGCUCAGGACGAUCAGUUCCGGUUCAAGGUCAUGCAGCUGGAUGGCGGAGACACGAAACGCGCCAUUCUGAGCAGAGCGUCGGCAGUGUUCGACCCGCUGGGCAUGCUGGCUCCGUUCAUUGUCCGAGCCAAAUGCCUCAUCCAAAAGAUCUGGCUCGGCGGAUGGGACUGGGACGAGGCCAUCAGCGAUACAGAACUCCUCGCUCAGUGGCACAGCUGGCAGCUGGAGCUGAACGACAUGGACUGCGUGCGACUGCACGUGUUCGGCGACGCCUCUGAGAAUGCGUUCGGUGUGGUGGCGUACCUGCGGUUCGAGCUCGAGGACGGCACCGGCCACUGCAGCUUCGUGAUGUCCAAGGUGCGCGUCGCGCCCAUCAAACAGCUCAGCAUACCUCGACUGGAGCUACAGGCCGCUGUCAUGGCCGUCCGCGUGGCGGACACCAUCAAGGCAGAGCAUGAUAUGGCCAUCAACGAGACCAUCUUCUGGAGCGACUCGUCCACCGUACUCCAGUGGAUCAACAGCGAGAGCAGGCGGUUUAACACCUUCGUCGCAAACCGCAUCGCCGAGAUCCAGGAUGCGUCAGACGUGACUCAAUGGCGACACGUGCCAGGGCCACUGAACCCAGCGGACAUAUGCAGCCGAGGCUGCUCGGUGACGGAGCUGGCGCCCGGCGGCGUGUGGGUUCAAGGUCCGGCCUUCCUGCGGCGCCGUCACCAGGACUGGCCCGCCGCGCCGCCCCGCGCGACGGAGCGCCCGAGAGACGAGGAAACGGCCGAAAUGAGGGUAAUAGCCUGCGCCACUGGGGGAGCUGAGCCGGCCAUAAACCCCAGCCGGUUCUCAUCAUGGCUCAGGCUGCUGCGUGUGACAGCGUGGGUGCGCCGGUUCGCUCACAACAGCCGCAGCCGAGCAGCCGCUGAUCGGCGGACGGGACCGCUGACUGCUGAAGAGCUGAGAGAAGCUGAGCGUGUCUGGCUGCUCAGCACACAGGCCGAGCAGUUCGGCGAUGAAGUUGCAGCUCUCCAGCACGGAAGGCGGCUCCCAUCGAACAGCCGACUGCAUCAGCUGACACCCUUCCUGGACUCGACCGGCCUGCUGAGAGUCGGGGGCCGGCUGCGCCACGCCCAGAUGGACUUCGAGGUCAAGCACCAGGUGAUACUACCUGCUCGCGGAGACAUCACUCGGCUGAUCAUCACCGACCGACACAAGAAGCUCGCCCAUUCCGGUGCUGAACACGUGCUGACCCACCUACGGCAGCAGUUCUGGGUCAUCUGUGGCAGAGCUGCAGUGAAGCGGUACACACGUGCCUGCAUGCUGUGCCGGAAACGGUCAGCCCGGCCAGCACCGCCGCUGAUGGGUGACCUACCAGCCUUCCGAGUGGGCGAGCCGGCCCCGGUCUUCGCUCGUGUAGGAGUGGAUUUCUUCGGCCCACUGAUGGUGAAGAAACAUCGCAAACGAGAAAAGAGAUAUGGCUGCCUGUUCACCUGCCUGUCUACCCGAGCAGUUCAUAUCGAACUGGCGCACUCACUGGACACCGACUCGUUCAUCAUGGCCAUGCGACGGAUGAUCGCGAGACGGGGCAACGUCAGCCUCGUGUGCUCGGACAAUGGCACAAACUUCCGUGCUGGUGAGCGGGAACUGCGGCAGGCACUGCAACAGUGGAACCAGACAAAGAUAGCGGACACGCUGUCUCAAGAAGGGGUUGAGUGGCGGUUCAACCCACCAGGAGCACCGCACUUCGGUGGCGUGUUUGAGCGACUGGUCCGGUCCGCCAAACGCGCACUGACGACUGUGCUGGGAGACCGAGCCGUGGACGAUGAGACGCUUCGAACGGUCGUCACCGAGGUGGAAGGGCUCCUGAACGGCCGUCCGCUGACCUACAUCAGUACCGACCCGGGCGACUACCAGCCACUCACCCCCAAUCACUUCCUGAUCGGUCGCGCGUCUCCCCAGCUGCCGCCCGGUGUGUUCGUCGACGGUGACCUGUGCGGCCGACGACGCUGGAAACACACCCAGGUGCUAAUCGACCACAUCUGGCGGCGCUGGCGACGGGAAUACCUCCCGACACUCACCACGCGGGUGAAAUGGCGCGCAGACACGGCUGACGUGCAGCUCGAGGAGCUAGUGCUGGUGACAGACGACAAUCUGCCCCGCGGACACUGGCCUGUGGGGCGAGUGGUGAACGUGUUCCCUGGCGCCGACGGCCGAGUGCGGGUGGUUGAAGUGGCCACUGCCACUGGACGCUAUAGGCGGCCGGUCUCUCGUCUCUGCCGUCUCGAGUGCGAUGGUGACGGACAGUAA